GCAAAUAUUGCACGUAGGUGUAUUAAUGAAUAAAGUGGUGCACACGGCCCUCGAUGGGAUAAAGGAAAUCAUAGAUGAAAAAUAGUAUAAAUAGGUGCGUCUUCUAGCGGAGCGAGUAGUCUAGUCUUGAUCUUUGGUCCAUCCGAAUCACAGUUCCGUGACAUCUUGUAUGUCCGAGUUCUAUGACUCUCGGAUCGCGGUCUUUAAACUCGUACGCGGCGCAAGUCUUGGUCGAGAGGAAAAAGUGUUAGUUGAAACGUCCCUGGUUGAGAUCUGCAGACCAUUGUGCAUCGCACCCGGAACACCUCCAACCGGACCUACCAUUUCCCGCCGAGUGCGGCCCAGUUUGAAAGCCUGCGGCUCCGAGAGAUUCACAUUCACCUACAUCGACACUCACACUACAAUCUGCAAGCAUGAAUUUAGUUUCCAAAGUUCACAAAAACCGGUCCCGAGCAGCAGCGAAGCGCCGCCGGAAUCGCCGCAAUCGCCGAACCCACCGCCUCAAAGCCAUUGAGGAGGAAAUACACAGGAUCGCCGCCCAAGUUAAUCAACUUUGCCCCCCUGUUUCGUACUCCACGGGCGCACCGGAGAAAAGCAAUUUCCCCCAUUCCCCCCGGUUUCCCCGUAGAUAAUUUUUCUCGCGCCGACUCCCCCGUAAAUAAUUUUCCUCGUGCCGACUCCCCCGUAAAUAAUUUUCCUCGCGCCGAUUCCCCCAUAGAUAAUUUUCUUCGCGCCGACUCCCCCGAUUCUCAAAUAACUUAUAGAAUCUUUCCGGACUCUCUCGUUUCACUCUCUUCUCCGGGAUCUCCGAUCCCUGAAAUUCACGAUUUGGAGGAAGAGCAACCUCCUGAGGAUUCUUCUAACGUAGGGGCCCGCGAAGAGGAGAAGGAACCUCGCUCAAUCCCUCCAAUCCUCGGAUCGCAUGAUCUCGAGGACGAGAAUCGUUCUCCAAGCCCCACGCUUAGCAUAGAAUUCGUAGAGGAGCUACCUCCACUUCCUCCGCGUUGUUAUUUUGCCCCUAGCCCCCUUCAAUCACUUGAAUCAAUUUUAUCAGUGUUUCCGACGUCCUCUGUCCCACUCCCUUCUGGCGCGUUCUCGAUUGGGCCCGAAGAAUUCGACCUUGAAGCGGUCCGUGCCUUCCUUUCUCGGUCUCCCCCCGAUGCACCUGUCCCCGUGUAUCUCCCCCAUACAUCCCCCGAAAUACUAUUUGAUCCCCAAAUUAAUAUUUCUAAACCACUUUCGGCCCAAUACUGCCGUGUUAAAUGAAGUCCCAACAUAGGCACACAUACACCUAUACAUACACGUAUAUUUUUAGAAAAAAAAUUGUAAAUGGUAACUAUUAUGAGACAAUAGUAUUAUUAUAUUAUCUGUUGUAAGUCCAAACUAAUUGUAUCUCACAUUGUAAUCAUUAAUUUAAAUAGUAUAGUUUUAACUUCUUUUAUUUAAUCAAAAUAACAUUCACCUCUUAGUAUCACAAAUCUACUCUAUAUUAAACAAUUUGAGUCCAAUUCAGGUUUUCCCUUUAAUUUAAACGAUAUAUAUAAAAGGGAGAAACCAACGUUAAUCCAAUCUGUUUAUUUAAAUAAGUAAUCAUGAGAAUGAAAUGUUAAAUCACCCAGUAAGUCGACAUUGUAUUCUUUAUUAUUAUUCGUAGAAUAAACCAUGUACAACAAUUAAAUUGUCCUAAUUUCUCAACCACGACCACCAUUCCUCGCUCUUAAGAUAAGCACUAGGUCCGAUCCCGAGGUAAAACAAUUAGGUUUGUUGCCUCAAAACAGGACCGAGAGACGCGGAACUCCCGGAUAUUUGUCCCCGCUGUGGUCCCAUUGACCCAUGUAUUCUGGGUUGUCAAUGCAGCCUGUUUGUGCCUCGUGUGCACGUUCUCAAGUUGUUACGUCCCUCCUUUCC